GGCGCAUUUAGGGAAAGAAACCGAGAACACUCUUCCACCUGACGUGAUAACAAGGUGAAGUGCUCCGUCUUCUUCACAGCGUUCACCCCGACAUCGCCUCUACCGAGAUCUCACAAAGACCUUGAGUCAAACCGCAAAUCCGAUCCAGGAUAGACGAAGCAAGCAGCGGGGUUCAUUACAGUGCUGCAUCAUGGUUCAGGUUAAGCAAAAGGUUGCUCUGAUAUGCAUUGACGGCUGGGGUAUUCCCGUCGAGUCCUCUGAUCCACAAGGCAAUGCUAUUCUCAAGGCCGAGACACCAUGGAUGGACGAAUUUGCCAAAGAGGGCAGCGACAAGGCUCAAGGGUACACGGAGCUUGAAGCGUCCUCUCUCGCAGUCGGUUUGCCAGAGGGCUUGAUGGGCAACAGUGAGGUGGGGCACUUGAACAUUGGUGCUGGCAGAGUCGUCUGGCAAGAUGUCGUCCGUAUCGACCAGACCAUCAAGAAUGGCGAAUUGAACAAGGUUGAGAACAUUGUAAAGAGCUUCACACGCGCAAAGGAGGGCAACGGUCGUCUACACUUUGCUGGUCUUGUCAGUGAUGGUGGUGUUCACUCACACAUCAACCACUUGAAGGCAUUGCUGAAGGUCGCAAAGGAGAUGGGUGUGCCAGAAGUGUACAUCCACUUCUUCGGCGAUGGACGCGACACAGACCCCAAGAGUGGCAAGGGACACUUGGAGGACCUGCUGGCGUACACCAAGGAGUUGGGAGUGGGUAAACUGGCUACCAUCGUUGGUCGUUACUACAUUAUGGAUCGCGACAAGCGCUGGGAGCGUGUCGAGACCGGUCUCAAGGGUCUGGUGACAGGAGAAGGUGAGGAAACCGAUGACCCAGUAGCAACCUUCCAGAAACGCUAUGACGCUGGUGAGAACGAUGAGUUCCUGAAGCCAAUCAUUAUCAAUGGCAAGGAAGCACGCAUCAAGGACCACGACACCGUGUUCGUCUUCAACUACCGUUCCGAUCGUGUCCGCGAGUUCACUCAACUGCUCGGCGACCAAGACCGCUCACCAAGACCGGACUUCCCAUACCCAUCCGACAUACAGGUUACUACCAUGACUCGCUACAAGACCGACUUCAACCUGCCCAUUGCGUUUGCUCCCCAAGUCAUGGACAAUGUCCUCGCAGACUGGUUGAGCCAACAAGGAUGCAAGCAGACCCACAUUGCAGAGACGGAGAAGUUUGCGCAUGUUACAUUUUUCUUCAACGGUGGACAGGAAGUUCAGUACGACAACGAGGACCGUGAGCUGAUUGACUCACCCAAGAGUGUUGCCACGUACGACCAAGCGCCGAAGAUGAGCGCCAUGGGUGUUGCUGAACGCAUGGCGGAAAAGAUUGGCGAUGGCAAGUACGAGUUUGUGAUGAACAACUUCGCGCCUCCGGAUAUGGUCGGACACACUGGUGUCCUCGAUGCUGCGAUCAUUGGCUGUGCAGAGACUGACAAAGCAAUUGGUGUUGUGUAUGAGGCAUGCAAGAAGCACGGCUACACGCUCUUCAUCACAUCUGAUCACGGAAACGCCGAGGAGAUGCUUACGGAGGAGAAGACACCCAAGACAUCUCAUACCACGAACAAAGUGCCUUUCGUGAUGGCGAAUGCUCCUGCGGGCUUCUCUCUCAAGAAGCAAGAUGGUGUGCUCGGUGACGUGGCACCUACUCUGCUUGAUUUGAUGGGCCUCGAGCAGCCCAAGGAAAUGACUGGGCACUCACUUCUCCAGCGCAAAGCUUAGAACGACGACCAGCUGCCGGGAUUAGAGGCAUGCGAUAGAUGACCAGUACAGAGUUUGAAGUUCACCAGUGAGGUGGCGAUCCUUUGGGAUGAAGCAGACAGAGACAGACGAGAGUACUAGAAGGAUGCUGCUGUUGUUUGUGUCGGUCUGUAUCUGACACACCCAGGCACCUGAGGUGAUCAAAGAAAUCAAGACGAUCGACCAGUACAUUUGGCAC